AUCUUUUUCUCAAGUUGACUCUGGAUACCGCUGCCCGACUCGAGACUUGAUGAGCAGUUGAGCUGUCCCGGACCAGAGGCCUGUUGGACGGCGGACCGACGCGGGACCGUCAGCCGGAGAGAGCCGACGCUCAAAAUGAGAUUCUCACUGUUUAUUUCUGUCCUGCGGUCGCUCGGCCCGGUGAUUAUCGGCGUUUCUCUGGGCUUCACGCUGAGUUUACUGAGUGUACACUGGACCGAGGAAGCGUGUUAUCUGGACGAGGGUGAGGAUGUGACUUCGGGUCAGGACGGACUCCUCAAGGGAGCCCGAAAACCCAACUCCAUAUCGACUGUCAACGAAGCGGAGUCCGAGGAGGACUUCGAGCCGAGGAUAGUCCCAUACAAACAAGUCCAGCCGAGCGCCCCGAAGAAAGUUUUCAGGGCUAAAUACAUAAGCACAGAGCUGGGGAUGCGGGAGCGUCUGUUCGUCGGGGUCCUGACAUCCAAAAACACCAUUAACACCCUGGGGGUCGCUGUCAACCGCACCAUUAGCCACCACCUGGACAUAGUGAUCUUCUUCACCGGCUCGCGCAACCGCAAAGUCCCUCACGGCAUGUUUGUGGUUUCACACGGAGACGAGAGACAGAUCUGGAACAUGUUUCAGACCAUCAAGUACAUCCUGGAGCACUACAUCAACGAAUACGACUGGUUCUACUUCGUCCAAGACGACGCCUACACCGAAGCCGACAGGAUCAAAGCCCUGGUGGAGCACCUGAGCAUGGACCGGGAGCUUUACAUGGGCAGCCCGGAGGAGUUCAUCGGCGGGGAGAUGGAGGGGAAGUACUGCUACGGAGGGUUUGGGUAUCUCCUGUCCAGAAGCUUGCUCCUGCGGCUCCAGCCCUUCCUGGAAAACUGCAGGAACGACAUCCUGAGCGCCAGACCUGACGAGUGGCUCGGAAGGUGCAUCAUAGAUUACACCAACAAAAACUGUGUCAGCGAAUACGAGGGACGCAAGUACCACCAUUAUGAGCUGGGAAAAAACUCGGAUCCGAGCAAAGAGCAGAGCGAACAGUUUAAGAAUGCUCUGACCGUCCAUCCAGUGUCUGACCCUGAGCAGAUGUACCGGCUGCACAGACACUUCACAGAGAUUGAACUCCAGAAGACUUACGAUGAGAUUGCUAAGCUGCAGGCAGAGAUAAAAAAUGUGAGCGUGGUUGCUUUUGAUGGCAACCGAAGCGCUCAGUGGCCCGUCGGGAUCAAUCCACCGUUUGAGCCAAAGUCUCGAUUUGAGGUUCUGAAGUGGGAAUACUUCACAGAGGAGGAGAUUUAUUCGUGCAUCGACGGCUCUCCCAAGUGCGAGCUGCGCGGCAUUGACCGCAUGGACGUAGCCGAUGUCAUUGAAACGGCCAUCGCGGAGCUGAACAAGAAGUACAUGCCCACCUUACACCUGAAGAAGCAGCAGCUGAUUAAUGGCUACCGGCGCUUCGACCCCAUCAGGGGCAUGGAGUACACCUUAGACCUUCAGCUGGAGGUUGUUAAUCAGAAAGGUCACAGCCGUUCCAUCACUAAGAGGGUUCACCUAGUGCGGCCUCUGAGUCGGAUAGAGAUCAUUCCCAUGCCCUACGUCACCGAAGCCACCAGGGUUCACAUCAUUAUACCUCUCACGCUGCAGGACCGCAACUUUGUCAAUCAUUUCCUGGAAGUCUUUGCCUCAAGCGCCUUUGAAACCAAUGAAAACGCGAUCCUAACGUUCUUGUUUAUUUAUGACCCAGUGGAGGCGCAACAGGUCAACCAGAAUGAUAUAUUUGCCAGCGUGAAGGCUCAGAUUAACGUUUAUGAACGCAAAUACUCGACAGUGAAGAUCCCGUGGAUAAGCGUCAAGACGGAAACUCCCUCCCAGAUCAAAUUCAUGGACAUCAUCUCAAAGAAGCACCCGGUCGACACCCUGUUCUUCUUGGCUAAAGUCACCACGAACAUCAACUCAGAGUUCCUGAACCGCUGUCGCAUGAACUCCAUAAACAACUGGCAGGUUUUCUUCCCCAUCCACUUCCAGGAGUUCAACCCCGACGUGGCCUAUCACAACCAGCCACAUCCAGCCACCGUCGAUCUGGUCAAGGACGCCGGCCACUUCGACCGCAGGUCCUUUGAGGAAUCGUGCUUUUACAACUCGGACUACAUGACGACACGCACUCGCAUGGUGGCGGACGUCCAGGAGAACGAGGAGAUUCUGGAGAGCCUGGAUAUCUAUGACAUGUUCGUAAAGUAUUCGGGUCUGCAUGUCUUCAGAGCGGUCGAGCCGGCGUUACAUCAGCAAUACCACUACCAGGACUGCAACCCGCGGCUCAGCGAGGACAUCUACCACAGAUGUGUUCAGAGCAACUUGGAAGGCAUCGGCUCGCGCUCCCAGCUCGCCAUGCUGCUGUUUGAGCAAGAGCAAGGAAACAGCACUUGAACAUACCAAUGAAACCUCUGCUCCUGGAAGUGUUUAAACGGAUCCUACAAGACGUGUGUUUGUUGUAAUGGCUUCUUGGUGCAAGCUAGUAUUUGGGAUGAAAAGGAGCCACACAUGUGCUGCCACCCUUACGUUAAACCUGACAUUUUCCCUAAAUACAACCCGUGUCUGGGGCUGUAGCUGCAUACGUGACUCCACCUGACGUUCUGUAUCUUCCUGUGUGCAUCAAGGGCUAUUCGGUUCGCUUGAAUUCGUAGCUAGUUUGGAAAAAUGAAUGCAGUACUUUCCUCAAGAAACCCUUUUAUAUAUAUUACUUUACAUGCAGAUGAGUUGCUAGAACCAGAUGUUGUUGCUGGUUGAGACUUUUUGGUUCUCGUGGUUUAGGUGUCCGCCACACAUCCGACUCACACAGGGGCUACGUACGUAACCCAUUGGAGCUGGCAUUCAUUGGGAAUUUAUCCUCGGUUCGGUUCACAAACUCCUGUAAGAGGUACUUUGCUCUCGACAGUUUUGCAUACAAUAGGCUUAUUGAGCUAAUCUGCUGCGUACAGCUGCUGACGGGGUUGUUUGAGGGGGGGAGGGUAAGAAAACCAAAUGAACCAAAACAAUGACAAAAGCUUUAGUGGGUUGUUGCUUUUCAGCAGCAACACUUAAAGAAUGUCCUCUGAUGUGAUGUUAGCAUCGGGGGUGUUUUACUUUGGAGCGCUAGCGGCUAGCUCUGAUACGUUAGCGUAUCGCCCCGUCACACGGGGGCGUCGAAACAUUGCACUUUUGAUAUUUACUGAUUUGAGUAUUUGCAAAAGUGCGUCUUUGUACAUGUGCCUUGACACUGACUUUUCACAUGUUGGCUGUAUUGAAAUUAUCUUUGUCGUGCGGUUUUGCAGGUGAUGCACAUUCAUGGAGGUUUGUUUCAUUAGGAUUUUAAUAUUAGUAGCUGAAUGAACGGGAGACGUUACCUCUCACUGUGGAUAAAGCCUGUUACAGCUGGGAGACUUAGUUAACUUUACACUUUUUAAUUUUUUAAAUCAUCUACAGGCUGCACAUGUGCCUCUAAAGCAGGGAAGAGUUUUCUGGACACUAUCCGUCGGUAGAUGAAGACGUGUGUGUUCGACUCGCCGAGCGUUUCUUCUCCUUGAAACUUUUGAUGUUGCGAGAAAAUUUACAUGCAGGAGGCGAAGGAGAAUAAUGAAUAAUGGCAGGGAAAAUCACCUUGUCUGAAGUGAUUGCCCGGGUUUUUCUUUUUUUUUUUUUCAAGAGUCCUCCUUGAAGCAAGUGGUACUUAAACAUAGAAUUUAAUUAGUUUAGAAAUGAUGGAAAUUAAGAAUGUAUGAGACAUUUUUCCACAUCACCAAGUAUAGACGGUUUAUAUACUCUAAGAGAAAAUGUUUAGCUGUUCCAAAGUCUGUCGGACUGUGUUGUUAACGGUGUCAUUGUCCUCCAUGCGGCGCGCUCGGCGGCAGAAAUGGCUGCUUUCUCCCAGUCCCAGUAAAAUCCACUGGGAGGUCUUUUCUGCAUGGCCGGGCGGCUGCGGAGGCAGCGGUACUGGACACCAGAGAGAUAUUAGUUUAUUCUAAUGUGCAAUACUACAGAUAACACGGCUCGAUGGGCGUCUGACGGGGGACAGGGCUCGGACUUUUAAUUUCAAAGACAUUUGCCUCAAAUACAGCAGAGUGUGUAUCAAAGUACUGUUUCUGACUCAUAGGUUCUGUUUAAUGCUGAGUAAAGACACUGUAAUUUCUUUUGACAAGACCUUUUAUGUAUUUUGUUGACACUAGACACUUUUUGUCAUCAAAUGUACUUUGGAAUACAUAAAAUUAAGGCAAGUCCUUUUAUUUAACUGUAAUUGGAGCUGAUGCGUAUGCUGGAAACACUACGUCCACGGCGGUGGUCCUAAACAGUCUUUGCUGUGUUAUCUGCCAUCAUGUGAACACAAACCGUUGAGGUCAGGUUUUGGCUGACUUUUUGUUUAAUUUUUUUUUUUUGCAUUCGUUUUCUAACGCAUCUCUUUGUUAAUGAGAGCAGUCUUUCACUGUGACAGUGCACCAGCUGACGUGGUCUGAAUGUUCUUCGAAGAGUACGAUGCUAAUAAUGCGCGAGAUUGGAAAAUGAAUCUUAACCACUGUGAAACAUGGAGGGCUGAGAUUACAGUAUGAAGUUAUCGUGGUGAUCUGCGUUGUCUUUGCCUUCUGUCGACACGAGGAGCCUGAAAUUAUGGGAGCGGCAGAUUGAUCAUCGUGUGUUGUUAACGCAGCCACCAUCGCUGAGCGAAGGCUCUUAAGUAUUUUGUCCAUAAUUUAUUUAUCUGUCGUAUCUCCUAAAUUAUGCAGAUUCUAAAUACUUCUGCACUAACUGAGGCUUUCAUGACAUUCUCUGUACAUGUAUAAAUAUUUUAUAGACACUCUAUUUUUAAACCUUUUUUUUUUUUUUUUUAGCUUUAUUUACACAGCAAUCGAUAUUUUAAUAUUUUUGUGACGAAAUCAAACAUCUGCUUUAUCUUUGUAUUUUAUGCUUUUAAAAUUAUGAAAUCUGUGCUUUUCACUCUCAUUUUGAAUCAAGUGAUUAAUUUAAUUCAUUCCAAAACACAGGUGAUUACACGGGCUGGAGUAUUUGAUUUCCAUUGUUGUUUGGACCCAUCGGUUUACAUUGUUUUAUGCACAUGGGUACUCGAUAAAAAACCAAAGCAAUACAUUUUUAUUCAUGUCUGUCACAUUUAAUUGUGUGCUGUAAUUCCCAAUAAACUGUGAAUUAUUAUAAUUUUUAAAUAAAGAAUAUUUAAAAACAACA